GGAGAGUGGGGUAAGAUGACCCAGUGGGUAAGUUGACCCACCCCCUGUUUCUAGGCAACUAUAAACAUUUGGUGUCAUGUGAUCAUACAUUCUGAAGGACUCCAUCAUUUUCAUUUUGCUGUGAAGAGGAGAAGCACUUGGGACAAAAGCUAUCAUGCCAAGAACCUACAAAAGAAGAACCAACUGGGGCUCAACACCCUUAGAAGAGAUGGAGAGAGCAGCCAUUGAUGUUGAGGGCGGAAAAUCCAUCAGAUCAGUGGCGAAGGAUAGAAAUAUUGACAGGUCAACACUGCGGAGAUACAUAAAAAAGAAGGAGGUAAAGACAGUCAAAACAGUAGGGUACAGUGGAACAGCAGAAGCCAAGAGGGUCUUCACAUUAGAGGUGGAAAAGGAGCUUGCCGAUCACAUCAAAAAGUUGGCUGAGCAGUUCCAUGGCCUCACUCCAAAGAAAUGCUGUGAACUGGCAUUCCAGUUUGCACAAAAGAACAACAUCCCUGUCCCCAACAACUGGAAAGAGAAGGGUUUAGCGGGUCGAGAUUGGUUCAAGAACUUUAUGGCACGCCACCAUCUUUCCUGUCGUAUGCCUGAAGCAACAUCUUUAGGAAGAGCUACAGCCUUCAACAAAACAACAGUCGGGGAGUUCUUUGAUAAUCUGACAAAAGUGAUGGACAGGUUUAAAUUCCCUCCAAACAUGAUUUAUAAUGUUGAUGAAACAGGUGUCACAACAGUGCAGACACCAAAGCAAGUUGUGGCAGAAAAGGGAAAGAAACAAGUGGGGGCCAUCACAUCUGCGGAAAGAGGAGAGCUUGUGACGGUGGUCUGUGCAGUCAAUGCUACUGGGAAUGCAGUGCCUCCUAUGUUCAUCUUCCCAAGGGUUAGAUACAAAGACCAUUUUAUUACAGGAGCACCUCCAGGAUCAGUUGGUUCCUCCACCAGAUCUGGCUGGAUCAAUGAAGACAUCUUUGCUGAGUUCCUUGAACAUCUGGUUCAGCAUACCAAGUGCUCCUCUGACCAUCCCAUGCUGCUACUCCUUGAUAACCACGAGGCCCAUAUUUUACUGAGGGCACUGGAUAUAGCAAAGAGUAAGGGGAUUAUUAUGCUCACAAUUCCACCCCACACAUCUCAUCGCCUGCAGCCUCUGGACAAGAGUGUCUAUGGUCCAUUCAAGACCUAUUACAACAGAGCUCUUGAUGGUUGGAUGAGAUCUAACCCAGGCAAAACAGCCAGCAUAUACCACAUCCCUGUAUGUGUGAACGAGGCUUUCAUGUCAGCAAUGACACCACGGAAUAUCUCUUCUGGAUUCGGGUCCACAGGGAUUUUUCCUUACAACAGAGAUAUUUACUCUGAUGCAGAGUUUGAACCAUCCAUGGUGUCAGACAGGCCAAACCCUGAUGUGCUGUCUACUUCUGAAGAAGAUCCACCCAUGGCUUCAACCUCCACCUUGACUGAGUUGCCUUCACAGGCAUGUUCUUCAACUCGUGGGACAGAUUCACUCCUCACCUCCCCUGUAUAUGUGUCUCCCACUGAAAUUCUACCCUUACCCAAAAGUCAGCAGCCUAGGGCACAGACAAAGAGAAAGCGAGUGAAGACAAGGAUCCUGACUGAUACACAUGAAAAGCAGGCAAUUGAAAUGGAACAUGAAAAGAGAAAAAACAAACUGAAAGGGAAACAACCAACCAACAUCAAAGAACAAGGAAAGUCCAAGAAGAAACAAACCAAGAAGAAAACCCUAGUGUAUAGCAGCUCUGAGGAGAGUGAUGUUCCCAUCCCACUUGAUGACACUUCUGAGUGUGACAGCUCCCAGGAUGAAAGUAGUGAACCAGACAUCUCAGAUCUGUCAGUUGGUGACUUUAUUAUUGUGAAUUUUGCGACCAAAUGCAACAGCUACCAUUAUAUUGGCUUGAUUGAGAGCCUUGAGGGCAAUGAAGUUAAUGCAAGAUUCCUCAGAAGAAUCCGAGGGAGUACUGGCAAAGACAAAGCCACCUUUGCAUUCCAAGAAAAUGAUGUGGGAUCUGUCCCACUAAAUGAUGUGCUGAAGAAGCUUCCUAAACUGCGAAAGGUUGGAGGAACUGCAAGGAGGGAGCAACAACUCAUAUUUCCCUGCAACCUUGAUGGAUGGAAUGUCCAAUAGUCAUUUUCACUAUGCUGUGGUCUGGAAGUUCAAACUGUUCUUUUGUUCUCACAAGUUCAAAACUGUGAAACUGUUCAACAAAAUUGGAAAUUAGAACCAAACACACUGGAGGGACGUUCUUUCUGCCAAACACGUU